AUGUGGGGGCUCCAACCUCUUAACGGCCAGGAUUGCUUUGGAGAAUUGAAUAGAAAGAAGUUUUGCGAGGCUUUAAUGUUACAUCAUACAAAGAGCCGUUCAGAGGGUAAUGAUGGGUUUACCCGUGACAGGUUUUGCAGGGUCCUUCCUCCGAUUGUACUGAAGAAAACUGCUCAGACUGCAUUGUUCCAUACAGACUCCCUUAUUGGUUCUCUUCUGGUUUCUUCCGAAAUCUCUAAUUUGAUUAGGUGA